CGAUUGCGGGCUGUGUAGGUAAAUUUAGCACUGUGCGCAUUUGCAGCAAGCCGGCUUGAGGAUAAGACUGGCGGGAUAUCAAAUACGAACCUGAAUACGGAUACAUACGGAUUAGCGUUUACAGGUUUAAAUAUAAUCUAAGAAAAUGGAUAACCUUCCAGCCCUACUUUCGGUGAUCACACUUUCAUGUUUUAUCUAUGGCGUAAAUUUACAGACGACAGGCAUUGGUUGCCCUUUAAACCAAGAACCGGCCAGGCCAAUUAAAGCAUACAACAUUACAUUAGAAGAUAUAUUAAAUGGUGAUAUUCUUAUGAAUAAAGAUCCAGAAAGCCUAGAAUUUCAAUGCAGUGAAACAAAGAGGAAAACGGAAUUCAACGGAAUGGUAACAAUUCUCAACAACGCCUUAGACAACUGUAACUACGCCAACACUAAGCCGCAAUUAGAGGCAUUCAAUCCGGCUGGAUUCAGGGACGCAUUGCAGUAUAUGUGCAAAAAUCUUAAAGUGUUCAAGGAUAACUUCGACUGUUAUAAUAGUUCACAAGACGCACUCAGGAAAUGCCGCGACGAGCAAGUCGCUCUUGCCGAUAAGGAGAAUAAAACACCAUUGGAGAAGCAAUGCAGCACACAACGUAUCCAUUCCUUCUGUGCAGAUAACGAACUCAGGUCGCAAUGCAAUGAUGCAAUUGCAGAUUAUAAAAAAGCCAUAGCAGAUCACAUUUUGUCUCCGCAGUGUGGCUGCCAAAGAAAAGUUGUGCGGAUGCCGACGGGGGAGAUGCUUGAUGAGUGCUAUGUCCAGAAUUGCCUCCACGACGGCAUGGGCUACACCACCGAAGUAGCUGCCACCGAUGGAAUAGUAUUCGGACUGAAGACAGCUGCAAUGAUUGAGAAAACAUGCGUUCGAGUAGAUGUCAGCAGUGUCAAUGUCAGAUCCACUGCUGACGGCAAGGGCUAUAAACUUCCCACGGACCUCAAGUCCUGCCUAUCCCGGGACUGCGGCUACCGCUACAAAGCCUACAAGCUGAAGCUCAUCAACCAGACGGGCAUAGAAGCUGCUGCCAAUUACAUAUGCGAAAAUAGAAACUAUAUGAUGGGGUCAGAGGAUAGCAGGAAGAUCAUCGACGAACUGCUGCCCAAGGCCCAGGCAUGUCAGGUCGAAAAGGUGAAGGCAGAAGAGGAGAGAUUGGACGAUAACAAUAAGUUUAAUGACAUGAACGAAGUCGUCUGCAGCAAACACCGCAUCACAGAGCAGUGCAUACGGAAUACUUUCAACUGCGCCACUUGCGAGACCAUCCGAAACCACCUCCUGAAAGCUUGGGACAUGCGCCUGCCGUCCCUUUGUACAAAAUGCCAUGACGUGGGGUACGCCCCUGUAUUGGCGGCCUCGGCAACUUCACCCAAUACUAGAUCUGCAGCCACUAUAAUAGUGCAGAGUUUGUUUGUAUUAACUGCCGGAGUUUUCGUGACACUUUUGAAAAAUUUUUGAAAAAUGCCGCUGUAGAUUUUUCAUAUUUACUGUUGCACCAUCAGAGGGGAAAGAGGCUUAUUAUCCAAGGGCAAGAUUUCGACGGAAAAUAGCGACUUUGUAUUCAAAUAGUACGCGAAACGGUGAUUUGUUGAAAAACAAGCAGUCGGUACUGAAAUAUAUUUUAACUAGGGGAGAAAACAGGGCAAAUAUCAUCAUAUUGAUACUCACUUUGAGCGAUUGAGAGUUUUUCAUGGCGAAUUUGUGUGCCAAUAGCACGCAAAACGGCGAUAUUUUGUUGUAAAAAGCACUAAGUCGGUACUGAAAUAUAUUAUUCUAAACCACGUGUAGGCCAUGGGAACUUACUUGGAGCGAUUGAGCUCUGUUAAAGAGGAAUUAGUGUAGCGCCAGACAUCGCCAUUACGGCUGCCCCGGCCUUGGAUAAUGUUACAACUGCAGUAUUUCAAUCCACCCGAAUCCAGUCCGAUCGAUAAUCGCAUGGCUUCAUGUUCAAACUCAGGUUCAGCCAAGGUACCUCUUUCCCUACCAUGCUUUUAUACUGUGCACCUCUACCUAGUCUACUGUAAGGCUUCACUUGGGCCGACGGUUGACUAUGCCCCAAAGGCCAAACGUAGGUGCGCGAUCUAGUAGACCCAUUCUCCAAGCAGAUAUAAUAUUCUAUUGUUUAAAAAAAAAAAGUUUCAACCGAAAUAUUUUAAUGCGCUAUUCUAACUGGUAUUAUUAUAUCCUCUAUCCGACAGUGUACGGGGUGUCACAAUGUCGUAUCCGGCCACAACGCCCAGCUCACAGUAGCUCUGGCAUCUUGGCGUCGUGUUGCCAUAAUGUCCGGACGAAGCCAAGUUUGGACAUUUUGGCAUUUUGUUUUUCAUAUAGCAAAUGUGUGUAUCUUUGUGUAGUGUUAGUUGGUUUAAUCCUAAUUCAGAUGCAGAUCGAAUAUUCUCAGCAUCCGAAAGAAAAUAGAUAUCUAUUCCCUCUCGGUAGGUUACAUGUAGUUGAGCAAGUGUCUCAUGCGAUGUCUUAUAGUAGUCAAAACAAGUCCUUCAAGCAAAGAGUAAUGAAGACAACCGUGUUUUUUGUCAACUUGUAUUGUUAUACAUGUUAAUGGUGCCAUUAUAUGACGCGUUGUCGUGAAUAUAGGCUGAAAGUCGUCCAUUAUCGGGCCAGGCCCAAACUGUAUGUAGAGUUGCAUUAUGAUCGUGUUUGUGUCCAAAAGUUAACUCUUUGUGUGCGAGACUGUGUUAUGUGUAGCAUGAUUGAGGUUUGAAAAUAUCAAUCUACAUAUUAUGCUGUAUUUGUCGAAGAAUGACUUAGGUGGUGACAACACUGUUUCGUGCUAUAUGCAUCCCUGAUAUUUACCUAUGAGUAUGAUGCCCCAUUCUUUAAGUGUCCUAUUAAAGUAAAGGUUAAAGACUGUGACGAACACCAGACUUCUUGUGAAUAUCAUACACCUACUCCAUUCAGCCCUCUUUCCAGGUGAGUUACCAGAUACGGAGAGAGUUUCCUCGCGAAAAUGACGCGGAGCGCAGCAAGUUCCCUGGCGGUAGGACUUGUAACUAUUGCGACAGGCUUUGGUCUAAUCAAAAGUAGAUAAAUCAGAUUCAUCUAUUUCCGGUAUGAAAGGAUGUUGAAAUAUUUUGUGUCUCAUUGUAAUAAUCACGCUUCUAAAUGUAGAUUAGAUGUACAUGAUUACCAUUGCAUGUUUAUAUACUCCUUUUUAUGACCGAUUAUAAUCUUUUGUACAAUUAUAAAGUAUAGGCCGAUUAGAAAUAUGAUGAACACAAUUUGUGUAUAUUGAAUAUAUAUUUAUUUUAACGCCAGAUCAUAAGGCUAUCAUAUAGUCUAUGUCGAGAGGAAAUAACGUUAUUUCCUCUUGACUAUGUACAUACACUUUAUAGUCUGAUAGCUGUCGAGCUGUACUGUAUACGAUGUUGGGUAAAGUGGUACAGUUGUAGACCUGGUAUGAUAAUAUAGCCCAUACAGUGUAGAAAACAGCGGGCAGUACACAUUCAUGCACACAGAGGCUAUAAUUGUGCCAGAGUCUAUAUAAUUGUACCUUGGCUAUAACUGUACCACCUUAUCUUAAGGCCAGCCUUCACUCCUCAAACUCGUCACUGACGAGUUCGUCGAUUGCCAUUAGAUGGGUCUGCAUUGAUGAUCCUGGACAGGAUUAAGGUCGGUCCUUCCACAACAAAACUAUAUUACCGCAGUAUUUUCUUCCUGACACUAGUGGUUUUCAAUAUACUCCGCCUCUCGAUACUUCCAACGAAUUUGUAUACGAGGUAGGAUUAUCGAAAUCCUGUAUCUCAUGAUGCAGCUUUUUAUGCAUGUUCUGGCUACAAGGCUAGCAAAAGAAGUGGCGUCUAUAUAUAUAUCUUUUGACGUUUUCGUUCUGUACAGUUGUUACUUGUCAGUACAUGUAGAUAAAGAUGUAGAUUCAAAAUGAAAUAACCUGACCGGAUUUAAAUAGGAGCGAUGACCCAGUUACCAAACCUCACUGUGAGCACUUAAUGAAAAACAUGUUACUGUACGUAUUGGAGGUAAUUUCGGAUGAAACUCCAGCUCAGUAAAACUAUGAUUGAUUUAUCAAAAUUUACAAAUUCAUACAGAAUCUUUUGUAUUGGUGUAAAAAAUCCGACAUCCCAGUUUACCUUGUAAAUCAGGCCCUUUUAUGCCGUCACACCAUAUAUAGCCAAUGAGAAGUCCAAAAAUACAUUGAUACUAGUACUUAUUGGCAUCGUCUCUACGGCGAGACCACUGCACACGUGAUCCAACAUGUAGGAUAUUGCACUACCGGAACGACUUAUUACAAACCGCGAGAAUGCGAAAUCGCGAGAUGCCAACCUCGGUGGAAGUACCACCCGCUACAGCAUGAUUAUUCAGAUUUUAUGCCAUGUAACACAGUGAUUCGAUGGAAAUACUACAUUUAUUGUGUUUUUAUAGAAUAAAGUCCGAAGAAAUACA